AUUACAGCUGUUGUUAGAACAGAUGGAAAAGGCUUUGGUUUCUUGUGUUUGGUGAUUUUUAUUUCAUUUUGUAAACUCCAGAAAAUAGUUGUAAGACAAAGCCCUAAUUUGAUACAGAUGUUUUUAACAGUAUAAGACAGCAUAUGGCACACAAGCAUUGUUUGUUAAUCAUGAGUAGAUAUGGCAGCGAGACUUCCUUCAUCCAUCUCAUGGAUGUAUUUCACAUCAGAGGAUUCACACUGCUUUAAGAACACAAAGCUGAAAACACAUGAGAGCACCAUAUUUGAAGUAACCUGUCCUCUUUACUUCCUCUCACACAUUUUCAGAGGUGGUCUUUGCAGGCUGAAUGCAUGCACACUCUCUGGUUUUGGGUCACUACUCAGAGCUUAUUACAGACAGUAUAAAAGGCCCAACAUCUCCCUCCCCUCCGUGUCCCCCCAAAUUGCUGAGCAGAAUAAUGAGCAGUAAACAAGUGGAGUAGAGGCAGAGGGAGAAGAGGGGGUGUCCAACUUGAACUGAGGGGUGACAAAAGAGGGGGUGUCUCCACAGCGACUGAGUCGAGCUGUUUGAGUCACAUGGCCUCGGGUUUCUAUUGAGAGCAGUAAGAAGAGGCUUGAAGCUCAAUCUUUAGUGCAUGUUUUGGAAGCCAAUGGCAGCAGCAUGAGUGGAGCCCAACUGGACGGAGCAAUGACGGCAGACAGCCUCCAUCUGAACGAGACGGCAGCUCUGGGGCUACAUGACCAGGAGAUCAACACAGCUCUGUUUGAGUUCAAAGUGUUUAACAUUGUCCUCAUCACCCUGGCCUUGUGUGUUCUCACUGUCACCGGCCUGUACUGCAUCACUGUCUGCUACAACCGCACCAGGCAGUCAAAGAGAGCCCAUGUGUAUGAGAGUGCAGUGACCCGAGGCGAGGCGGCUGACCCCGUGGCUGUCAAAGCAGUGAAGCGCUCCACCAGCUUCAUCAACCCUCUUGCCUUCUUCAGGAAACCUGAGGCAGCAAAGGACAAUUCGAGGAUCUACUACAUCUACAGCAACCCGCUGCCUGUAGGACUGAAGGAGGAAGAGGAGGAGGGGGGGACUAAAACCCCGCAGGGACCAGCGGAGGGGCAAACUGCACUGACGCUGCCAUUGUCGUUUCAAGAGUACGCCAACGAUCCCAACAGCGGUGUCACCCUGGAUCCUCCGAUUUUUUACAUGCAGCUUUAGAGGGUGGAGAGUUAUGGUGUGGGGGUAGGGGGACUGUUAUGAACUGGAUAAACGAGACACUAGAAUCUGAAAGGUCUGAAGCUGGACCCCUGAGACCGUGUCUGUCAAAGGUUAUGUUACAAUGUAUAGGCCAUUAAAGGGACACUCCACCAAUUUUACAAAUUGAAUUCAGUUUAGUAGUCAUGGGGGAGCAACAUUCUCACUGCAACCUCGUCACAUAUUGACAUUUAUGUCAAGUUCUACCUGUUACAUACAUUGUCCUCUUUCAAAACAGACUUCUGUUUUCCCAGGAAAUUUAACGUUUACAUGCAGUCUCCUUCAAAAUAAAUGCUCUACAUGUGUACAACACUGCGAAUUUAAGUUUUUUUCCUUCAACAAAAAACGCACAUGGUUAGGUUUAGGAAAAAACAACAGGGUUUGGCUUUAGAAUCUUACGGAACAUGAACACUGCUAUCUCGGGUGACAGUCGGUGUUUGUUGGACUCAUCCACCACCACUCCCAUCCGCCCCAGUCAGACCUUUGCCGUCUUGACUUUCGUUCUUGUCCCACUGCGUUUCACCCUGACGGUGCCGGGCAACCUUCAACUAUAACAGCAACCGGCCGUGUAUCAUGCUGACGUUAAAGGACGCCUUUUUUCGUUGGUUUCUGACGCCACAAGUCACUGGCCAAGUGUCAGAUUUCGAUGACUUCGAAGUGAGACUGGGCUCGGGGGAGCAUUACUCAGCCUGUAAAAAACAGUUGCAUAAUGUCUUCUGUAGCUCAAGUCUGAGAAAAUAACCCUGGUGAUGUCAUAGUGAUAUCACCAGGGUUAUCACAGCAUAGGCUUUGAGACUAUGAAUUUAUAACAGAUAGCUUAAUGGGCUACCAGGUCAUAGUCUGCGUGAAGUUUGAAAAAUGUGGCCGUUUACCAGGAGAGGAACCUAAGACCUUAUCAAGUUGCAUUAUGGGAUAUGUGAGAUCCAGUGUUUGAAAGCUUUGCCCAUACACGGUACUAAAACUGAGCAUUUUCCAUCCACUUUACAAUUCCUUGAUUUUAAAGAUAAAUAAUGAAUUACUGGCAUACCCCUUUAAGACCCUAACCUUCUCUUUCAUAACAAACUACUCUGAAGUUAAAACAUUUUCUGACUGUUGCUGAAUAAUUCACUGAUUCAAAUGCAAAAGCGAAGAAGAAUUUGUAUAUGGUACUGGAUCAUGACACUGCAUCAGAUUCUACUGUAAGGAAAUACCUUUCUUGACAUCACUGGCUAGAAGUCUUAGUCAGUAGAAAGUGUAAGAACAGUUCUGUGUCCCUAAAAGAUUAAGCCAGUUUACUCCUGGGACAGCUGAGACAUGUUACUCCUCACACCUGUGUCUAUGAUGUGUGUCCAGUUGACCACUUGUGAUUUUGUUAGCUGUUGUUUGAUAGCGGCUGUGUCGAUACAGCUGGAGGAAUCGCUGUCAACAGAAUUCAACAAUGGGGAAGAUUGCAAGCUAGCAAACACUGAUGUAAACAACGCAGGAUUUUAAAUAAUUUAAAAACAUCAUUGCAAAUGUUUUAUAAAAUGGAAAAUGCAUUUAACAUGAUUGCAAGGCUUCAAGAAUACAAACAAUGCAAUUUGAUGAGAAGCACUGAAUUUGAACAGAAGACUCAACGGGGUACCUUUAAUCUGAAAGGUGCAAAAUGUAAGAACAGAAUUAUGCUGCCAGUUACAUAGAGACCUGAUAAUCAUGUCUAAAGCUGUAAUUGUGGAUUUCUUCUGUAAAUGCGUGUUAAUGUUUGAGGGCUAAUGUCUGAAUACUGUACAUACUGAUGAUGUUAUGCUCACACUCAAAGCAGGUUUGUAAGGCUGCCAUAGUUCAGCACAUGCUGAUUACGUUGGAGGCACAAAGUAGUAAACAUAGAAAAGUUAUUCUCGAUUUUUUUUUUUUUUUUUUUUUUU